AUGUCCGCCGCUACUGACAAGGCCCGUUUCUUCCUGGAGAAGUCUAUUCCAGAACUGAAAGAGUACGAGCGCAAAAAGCUUUUCAACAAGGAUGAAAUUUCAGCCAUCAUUAAGAAGAGAUCGGAUUUCGAACACAAGCUUAAUGCUCGCGGAGCGCAGCCUUCGGACUUUGUACGUUAUGCGCAAUACGAAAUGAAUCUGGACACCCUCCGGCGCAAAAGAGUGAAGCGACUAGGUAUCAAAUCGGCGGGAUAUUCUGGGCAGCGACGGAUCUUUUUCAUUCUGGAUCGGGCCACUCGCAAGUUCCAUGGUGACAUUGGAUUGUGGGUUCAGUACAUCGAGUAUGCGAGAGAACAAAAAUCGUACAGAAAACUUGCCACUGUCUUCACCGACGCCCUUCGAUUUCACCCAACCAACGCCGACCUUUGGAUCUAUGCAGCGCAAUACAAUGUCGAGGAUCACGCGGACAUGUCACAAGCACGAAGCUUCAUGCAGCGUGGAUUAAGAUUCUGCAAGAGCUCGAGGAAGCUCUGGAUCAACUACGCAAAGUUGGAGUUAAUCUACACGGCCAAGCUCAUCGCUCGUCAACGUAUCCUAGGCCUUGAUCAACGGCUCGAACAGGCCGAGCCAACGCAAGAUGUUUCCAUGGAUGACCACGAUGCCGACAUGAUCGCGCUACCCAAGAUCACCGGCGAAGACAUCAACCCCAGCGAAGGAGGAGCCGACGGGGUGGACCCGGUGGCUUUGGAGACUCUGAACUCGACACCUGCACUCAGCGGAGCGAUUCCCAUGGCCAUCUUCGACACCGCGAUGCGCAACUUCGACAACGACGCCAAAUUCGGUCACGAGUUUUACGACAUGGCUUUCGAAUUCGAAGAGGUGCCAUGCUUGCCCAAGAUUCUGGAACACGUCGUUGCGGCGAUGCAAGAAUCCAAGCCCACCAGUCAUCAUACGCAGAUUUGCUAUAUCAAGCUUCCUACUGCCGGCAUCCGCGUCACUUCCGCCGAAUUCCCACGUGCUCUGGGUACAUCCUUGACCCGCCUGAUGGACUAUCGGGACCAGCUGAGCAUUGCCAGAGAGGUCAUCAACUGGCUGCAACCGUUGGAGAAGACGGAAGGCCUCGACCCGUCUUUGCGCAUGGUUCUCGCCGCCACCGUUCAGAAAGCGGAGCAGGUCCUUCAACAGUAG